UAUUAUUAUAUCAUGACAUAAUUUUGUAUCUUAUACAUACAAAUGCAUACACAGGUUUUUCUCUGCAUACACGAAGAGACUAUGCGUAGAGAUGCCCAUUAUCAAACGAUCAUCCCUUUAAAAAUGGGUGCCCGCGUAACUUUUUGAGAGAAAUGUUCAAAGACUCUUUUAAGUAUUACAAAAGCAGGGACCCACCCCCUGAUCUUGAUGCUGUUAUCGAUCUUAAAAAUCCAGAUUUAUUCAAAGUUAGAAAAAUUUCACCUGUUGCCAUUGAGGAGGAGCAAUCUUCGCUAGGGCUCAGGUCUACCGAGGAUUGGAAUAUUUACGAAAUUAUCGCCAAACCGGGUCUCAUUUUUAUCGAAAAUCCUUUCACCAGCGCCGGUCAACGGUAUUGGAUAACAAGAUGCGUUAAAGAUUAUUCAAAGAAGCCAAACAAAACGAAUCUUGAUUUGCACCAAGUCUUAUCAGAGAAUGAAAACUGGUGGGAUGUGUGCUCUGAUAAUGUUGAGCGAGCCAAAGUUCUUUUGCCAAAAUUAAGAUGGGCAACGCUAGGUUAUCACCACAAUUGGGACACAAAAGUGUACUCCGAAAACUUCAAAGGCCAAAUGCCCGAUGACAUGGUAGACCUCACAGAAUAUCUUGCGAGAAUUUCUGGUCUAUGUCAUUUCAAAGCGGAAUCAGCUAUAAUCAAUUAUUACAGAAUGAAUUCAACUCUCUCCGGGCAUACGGAUAAAUCUGAAAUAGAUUAUGAAGCACCAUUAUUCUCUGUCAGUUUUGGUCAGACUGGAAUAUUUUUAGUCGGGGGCUUAUCGCUCGAAGAUCCAGCCGAUGCCCUGUUACUACGAAGUGGAGAUGUUGUUGUCAUGUCAAAAGGUUCCCGCCUCAGGUAUCACGGUGUGCCUAAAAUCUUACAAGCAGAUUCUAUGCCUUGGAAAAAUCAAAAUUCUACGAACGAUUGCAAAUCUAAGAAGAUGUGCAUCGACUGGGAUAAAAUAAUGUCAUACAUCUCUGAAUCCCGCGUGAAUAUGAAUGUCAGGCAGGUCUUAAGACCAGGACAAGUUUCGCUUGAUGAUAAAGUUUUGUAAAUAUAUUCUUAUAUUGCAGUAUUAACCAAAGUCAAUAUUUUUUUACACAUAUAAUGAAUUGGUGGUAUAGAAAAUUGAAAUUUAUUGAUAGAUAUAGCUAUAGCGGCUCGAUAAAUUCUGAAAAAAUUGCUCAUUGCUCAAAACGUAGAUGCAGUCAGAUUUCCCAUAUUUAAAAAUCAAGGACUGAAAAAUCCUACGUUAUGUUAUUAAAAAAUUGUCAUAUCUUUUCAGUCAUUUGAUUUUUGGCUUUCUGUUUUAAAAAUGGCACCGUAUAUUUUAGUUCGUUUUUUACUAUCAGUGCAUUUGAAAUAAGUGCUCAAAUUAAACCUUGGCUUUAAUAAACUUGAAACCUGAGUUUUCAAAUUCAUAGAAUUCAAAUUCUCCGAGUUAUCGCAUGUUUAAUGUAUGAAGUUAUUUAUAAACACUUUAUAAAUCAAUUGAAAUUAGAAGUUAUAUUAUUAAUACCGGUUAUAUGUUUUUUAUUCGUAAUAUAAUAUCAGCAAUAAUAUAAAUUACAUAUAUUAUUAAAAAUCAUACGAUAUAUUGCUUGGCAGAAUUAUGUCAUAUCUGUCUGGUGAAUCCUUUCACCAUUUCAUUCGGAGCUGAAUUAUAAAUUAUUUAAAAGUUUUAUAUUUCUUGCGGGAAUAUAUUUGAAAUAUUCAAAAAAUUCCAAGCAAUAGACGCCAUUUUAACAAGGAAGUAUCUGCGUGUAUUAAGACGAUUUUUUCUGUUCAAAUUGUCAACCUUCAACUCAUCUUCUGCGAGACGAAUAUUAUCUAUUACAUUUUUCGGCUUUGAGGAUACUCCAUUUACAAAAUACUUGUCUGCUACGUCUACAUUGGCAACAUGCGGUUUGAGCAAUAUCGAAAUUGCAAUUCGAAUUCCGUUUCUUAGAACAAAUUUUUUCGACGAUUCCGAAUCACCGAUGCUGGUCAUUUUAGACUUCAAGCAGGUGAAAAAUUGCUGGAAAAAGAGGCAGGACUCACUUACAACUGUCAUUUAAUAAUUGCAUUAUAGAUUUAACAUAUUUCACACGGGAACCGAUGGUUUCUGUCCACAAUUUUACAGACUUUAAAGAAACUGUGUAAGACUCUUAUUUGCGCUGGACGCUGCAAAGUCUGGGAGUUAAUGCCGCGCAAAACGUGAACAGAAAAUCAAAAGCGGAUUUAUUUGACACUAAAAUUAAUUCCCUUUGAUUUGAAAUCCUCGAAAAUAAGUAAAUAAAAGGAUUUGAGGAUUGAAACUUACUGUUUUUUUGUUGAAAUUUCAAUAUAUUCAUCCUUGUUAAAACUUUGUCGUAAGCUUGUUUUAAAUUAUUUCACGCUGCCAUUAUCUUCUUCCGUGCGGAUUUGAGGGCUUACCAUAUCAGUUUUACAUGACAUUUUUUACACAUAAAAACAACGAUCUUCCAUUGUCAAUAAUAUUUCACCGCGGGAUCCGUUAAUUUUAGCAUAAAUUUAAUAGUGAUCCGCUCGACUGCAAAAAAAAAAAACACACACUUCCUCUCCUUAUUAUUAUUAUGUGUAAUUAUAACAGAUUCGAUGCUUUUGAAUCAAAAUAUAGUAUUACAAAAUAUGUAGCACGUAUUCU